AUGUCGAGCAAAGUUCCUCACGCCGCCUUCUGUGAGGAAUAUGAUGAGGACGCCCAUGAAAUCCUCCCCGACACCCGUCUAGUUGCCAAUAUCACUGGGAAACAUUCCAAAUCUGAUCUCAGAUCCGUUGCAGUGCCCUUUGUUGAAGCUGCCAGUGAUUCAGGCUAUUCUAGUCGUACUGCGGCCACAGCAAACAGCACCCAAUCUGCUCCGUCGGGCCGGAAAAGCCCCGUCCCUCUUAAAGUCGACACCACCCUCAGGAGGGCUGACCUGGAGCGAGUACGUCCAAGAGGCAAAGAUCGAACCCGAGAGCACAGCGCUCGUCCAGCGCGCGACGACAGAAUGCAGGUUGGAGCCUACCCUUCCACGGCGGGAUAUCCGCCUUCGACCCAUGUUCCACGAUCGCCGUCAAGAUCCCAGCGGCGUGAGCGCACCUACACCCGGCACUUCCCAGGCACCUGCCUGGAUUGUGAUCGGGGGUUGUAUCAUGCCUCAACCCCCGUGGAGCCAAGACAGGUUGAGUAUCCCUACUACCCACCCUCUCUUCAUGACUACCCUCCGGCCUCGCCACAAACCUCGCGGUACCCUCCAUCGGCCGUCGUCCAGGUUUCCCACAGUAGCCGUCCUCAGGCUCGGGGCACUCGGUCGAACUCCUACCAUGCCAACAAUAACCGACCGAUCAGCUUCCAUGGGGCAAUGAUGCCACCUCCGAUGGGUGGUGGGAUGGCGUACAAUCCACCGCCAGUUAAUCACUACGAGCACGGGCCCCCUCUGUCCUCUUCAGCUUACGCCAAUACGCCGUCGUAUGCCCCGUCGCCCUCCUUAUAUUCCCAGCCGUCGCCUUACUAUGGGAUGCCCGAUGGGAUGCCUCCACCUGAUCAUGAGGAACGGUCGGUGUCAAGGACAAGGGAGCCGCACCGUGACCGUGGACGUCGCCACUCUCUGUAUGAGAGACCCCCGGUGGACGAAUUUGAGUCCACCUCGGAAGAAGAGGAGGACGAGGAAGAGGAAGAGGAGGAGGAGGAACCACUGGAACAACCCCAACCGCCCCCACCACCGGCCCGCGAGCCGCGACCAAGACCCUCGGCCCAUUCUACCCACGAAGAGUACUUCCGCACCAUGCCCCGUCCGCCCCUCAAGCACAAAGCCGCACCGCAUAUCAUCCAAAAGCGCCCGGAAUUGGCCCGCAAAUCAGCCACCACAGCGUCGGUCACCUCUGAGCGUCGUCCUUCCCGGACUCUCGAUCUUGCCGAACUCAGAGAUAGUCUCCCUCGGUACGAAUAUCGACGGUCAUCUCGCGAAACUGUGAUCCCGGAGCGGAACCGAAGUGUCCGUGAAAGCAGACGUCCCACGCUGUAUCACGAUUCUGGCCGUUCUGCUCGGGUCGCAGUCGAGAAUUCCCGUCGACGUCAACCCACGGGCUAUGACGAUUAUCCGGUUAAUGACGAGAUUGAGGACAAGCAACGGAACGCGGAAGCAUACCAAGCCUCCCAGGCAACCAAACCCGUGCCCGUUCCUGUCCCUUUGACUGCGGAUGCAUUAUACAAGGCUAAAGCGUCUUCCCAACGCGCUGAGAGCGACAGUGGAAGUCAGAAGAGCCGAUCCAAUAGCAGCCGCGGGAGUGAUGCUCGUACCCAGAACGGGAGCGGAGUUGGUAGUCGGGCAGAAGAAGACAACAACAUUGUCAUGACGAUGAACGGUGUCACAAUGAGCUUUACCCAAGAGUCCGUCGGAGGAAAGCGGAUCAGCGUUCGAGCCGGCGAAACGGGUGCUCUCGAGUUGAACAUCGAAGGGAAACGACCGAAGAAGUACCUCACAGGAGGUUCUGAGUAUACGGCAAGCAGUGCAUCAAGGAGAGGGGAGUUUGACGAGCUAGUACGACGACCAAGGGGGGACCGCAAGUCUGACCGCGCCAGCCGCCGGUCCAGUCGGUCCACCUAUAAUGGACGUUACUAA